UAAUAAUUCAUAAUAAUAAUUAAUAUAAUGAUAGUUCAUCAAUGUUUUCCUAUAAUUAUCAUAUAUAUUGUCAUCAUUUGGUGCUCAACUAUAGUCACGAUGACUGUCGCCAAACAGGAAUGUGAUCGUAUGUUCAUCAGUAAUCCGGAUGGCCUUAAAAACGGCACCUUUAGGUCACCCCAUAUAGUGAACGAAGCGCGACAUUCACAGCAAUGCAUUUACACAUUCAUUGCCUCUGAAAAUGAAAGAGUUGUCAUAUCGUUCUCGUUGUUUGACUUAAGAGGAAGUACUCCAGACUGUAGCGGAGAGUAUGUCGACUUAUACACAGAACUGGAAGAGCCGGCACAGGAUCUCAUCUCAACGCCAUUUGGAGGCCGUUAUUGUGGACGAACUCUUCCAAGAAAGAGGAUAUCACUGUAUCAGACACUAGUACUUGGAUUUUAUUCCGAUCAAAAACAAGUCGACGAUAAAGUAUUUGAAGGCUAUUAUGAAUUCAUCGACGCCAGUCCAUUUAUUGCGGGAACUCCUGCCCCACACAAGUCGUGCAGUUUUACAAUAUAUAGCGAUCAGAAACGGGAGGGACAGUUCCUGAGCCCAACAUAUCCCGGUGUUUAUCCUAAGAACCUGAACUGUCAGUACAAGUUUAUCGGGAAAAAAGGACAACGAGUCAGACUUGAGUUUAUGGACUUCGAUCUCUUCUAUGGCGGUCCACACUGUCCUUUUGAUUAUAUCAAAGUAUAUGACGGCAGUUCAGAUAUGGACCCACUCAUUGCUACUUAUUGUGGUCAACAGAGAAAUCUGAUGGUGUAUUCCUCGGGAGAGAACCUAUUUGUUCAGUUCAAUACACUUAAGAGAACCGCCGACAGUCAGAACAGAGGGUUUUCCGGUUGGUUUGAGUUCAGCGAAAGAUUCGUUAAUCUCGGUUUUAUCGGUAAAAAUGAUGGCCAACAUAUAAAAGGCACGGAAUGUGACCAAAAAAUUUUGAGUCGAAAAGAGUCCAACGGAACUAUAUAUUCACCAAAUUAUCCAUUUUUAUAUCAUUCAAACAUUGUUUGCAAAUAUUAUAUAUACGGACUCCAAGACAGUCAACAUUUGGAAAGAGUGAACUUAGAGUUUGAGAAAUUUGAGAUCCCGGCAACUGAUCCAAAUGAAUGUAAUGACGCUUAUGUUAGACUCUAUACUCAAAGUCAUGAUGCGAUCGAAGAGUUUGAUUAUGUUUUUUGUGGGCAAACACUUCCUUCACCAGUGAUCUCUGACGGGCCCACUCUUAUCAUUGUUUUCAGUAGCGGCUCAACACAGGGACAGGGUUUUAAGGCCCGAUACCUAUUUGAAACCGACUAUAAAGUGCCGGGAACGCCGUCAACUCCCGGUCAGUGCCACUUCUCAUAUGUUAGUGAAAGCUCAAAGACAGGCGAAGUGAAUUCGCCCCGUUAUCCGAGUAACUAUCCCUCAACUACUCACUGUAUAUACGAAUUUUUUGGUCAACCCGGACAACAAGUCAAACUUGUGUUCAAUCACUUCAAAAUAAAUCCUGAUCUGUCGGCCACUUCGGCCGGUUAUAAUGAUGUUUGCGUAGAUGACUGGCUUGAAAUUUAUGAAGUGUUGGCCAGCGGUCGUGAAAUAAAAUAUGGCAAAUAUUGCUCAGCAACAACUCCGGGACCUAUUGUCACUGAUUACGGUGUGAAUCGGAUGAAAAUCAUAUUGCACACCGAUGACACUGGAGUGUCCAGUGGGUUCAGCGCUACAUACAGUUUCAUUGAAUCAGGUGUUACUUCAUUAGGAGAUUGUGGCACUAAUAUAACGGGUCAGGAAAACGGUGUGAUAACAUCACCUAACUAUCCCAAUGGAUAUUUAGCUCACCGUCAAAUGUGCAAUUGGUAUAUAACCGUCCGACCCCGAUAUAAAGUGCUUCUAUAUUUUGAAUCAUUUUUGGUUGAGGGCGAACCUCCAGUGCGAGGUUGUUCCGGUGCUGUAGUUAGAGUUUGGUUAGAUCUGAGCCAACAGCCCGUUGAGUUGUGUGGCAGUGAAUUAAACAACGAAACUUAUGAAUUGACUUCAAAUAUAAAUUUGCUCAAAAUUACAUUCAUAACGGCUGAAAAAGCUGUCGGUGCCAAAGGUUUUAAGGCCAGCUUUACGGAGAUACGCGAAAAGGGCUCAACUUGUGAUCAGUUUAGAUGUGCUUCCAGUGGUUAUUGUAUUUCAGCCAAUAGUUAUUGCAAUUCAAUACCAAAUUGCGGUCAUAAUGAUCGGUCCGAUGAACUCAAUUGCAAAAAAGUUGUUGAAAUAAACUUUUUGAUGAUUGGUUCGGGUGUGUGUGCGGCAGUCAUUCUGGUCUUAAUCAUUAUCUGCAGUUUAUGUCACCGAAAAAGCAAACGAAGGCGAAGUAAUGGCAGUAUUACCGCUCAGUUUGAUAUCUCACGACCCAAACCACCGCAGUUUGAAAUCCCUCCCUCUCUUCACUUCCUGCCUAUGGAUAGUGUUUGA